GGAGAACUGGCUGAACACAGGAAUCAUUUCAGGACUUUUAAACUUUCAAAGGUUUGAUAUUGAAGAAUGGGAGAUUCUCUCGGUCAGAACAUCUUCAACUACACUAAUGCAUCUAACAGAACCAGUAACAGUUCUGAUGAGAACGAAGUCUUGUAUGUGGGAAAUUGUGUCACUAUUGCCAUUGGAUUUCCUUUGACUCUGGUGGCCAUGUUUGCUGUUUUAUCAAAGGUGAAAGAAGAUAAUGUUGCUCCAGUUUACAUCUUCAACCUUCUGCUUUCUGAUGUCAUCCAGUACUGCAGCAGAAUUCCUAUAAUAUCACGUACUGCUAAUGAUUGGUCUCGUUGUGCCCUCGAUUUUGGUCUUACAGCCAGCAUUGGAUUCAUGAUGUGUAUCUCCCUGGAAAGGUAUCUGGCCAUUUCCAAGCCGCUGUGGUACAGAUUUAAACGAAACAUCAAGACAUCUGUGUUGGUCUGUGUCAUCAUCUGGAUCCUUUCUUUUCUUUAUAAUCUUAGCAUGUAUCGCCUUUUAGAAUUACAGAUGAGAGUAAUCAUUCAGGCUAUUGGUCUCCUCCUCCCUCUUGUCUUGUUCAUCUUCUGCCUGGUUGGGACCAUUAAAGCUCUGACUGAAGCUCGCAGUGUCUCUGCUGAUGAUAAACAUCGAAUUAUUUCCAUCCUGGUUGUGGUUUUGCUAACAUAUGUUUUGCUUUUCAUGCCCAAUGUGAUGUAUUAUCUGUUGGAAAAACCCUGGGAAGAUUCAAUCUUCUGGACUGUGGUUACAAUCGGGCUUUUUCUUAGUCCUCUUGCAGACUCAUCUUUGUAUAUUUUUCUGAGGAAAACUGCAUUUAACAAGCUCGGGGCCUCAUUGUGUUGUGUAACAACUAAGAAUCAGGAGAUCAGCACUGAUACUAUCAACAUGUCAGUUUCUCGAUCUACAGGAGCGUAGGCGCCAUCUAUGCACAAAUAUCUCCACAUAUUACUUUCUUAAAAUAUUCUUACAGAUUAUAUUUUGAAAUAGAUUGCUACUAGAUAAUAUAUUUAGAAAUUUUCAUAAUCUUUUCUAUUCCCUCUGAAAAAUUAAAACUCAACAACUGAAAUGACAACCUGCUUGAUUCUCAGCGUUGCCUCUCCUUCUGUAUCUGAGACAUUUUUUAAAUUGUUUGUCUUUGCUUAUCUCACGUUAAUUUUAGCCAGGUGCAACAUUUAGAAAGUGUCAAACAUUUUCAUGUGAAAAUGUUUCUGCCACCAAAAAAUACUGAAAACAGUAAAACUUUAUUUAUUCAGCUGUAACUUAAACCAAUUUAGCUUUUUGCCAAUUUAAUUGAUUUUGAAUGACAGAGUGUGUCGAAUAGCAACAAUGGAGACAAGUAAAAUUAGUUGGGAUUUAAUUGAAAUGUUCAUUAUUUAGAAAAAUAUCAUCCAGUUGUACUUGUUACGGCCCCUGGCCUCUUGAGGCUGUGCAGGCU